AGAAAUCUCAUCAAACAACAGCUGUUCAAUUCAUAUCCCACAAAAACACAAAAAAGCAGCUGCGAAUUUGAUAUAUAUAAUCUCUCGUACUUCCAGAAACCAAAAGCUAAGCGUUAUGGGAUCCAUAAAUGGUUCAAAAAAUGAUGAGUGCGUAAGGCUGUUAGGAGCAUGGCCUAGCCCUUUCGUGCUGAGGACUCGGAUCGCACUUAACCUAAAGCGUGUAGCGUACGAGUAUCUCGAAGAAGAAGAUACUUUGAAUUCGGAGAGCGUGUUAAACUAUAACCCCGUCCAUAAACAGAUCCCUAUCCUCAUCCAUGGCAAUAAGCCAAUCCGUGAAUCUCUCAACAUCGUCAUGUACGUUGAUGAAACUUGGCUCUCAGGUCCUCCCAUACUUCCCUCUGAUCCCUUUGAUCGUGCCGUAGCUCGCUUUUGGGACGUCUACAUCGAUGAACACUGUUUUACAUCAAUCAAUGGAGUGGCAGUAGCAAAAGACGAGGAUGAAAGAAAGGCGGCGAUAGCAAAGCUAGGGCAAUGUAUGGCUCUAUUAGAAGAAACGUUUCAAGAAUGCAGCAAAGGGAGAGGCUUCUUUGGAGGAGAAAACAUUGGAUUCAUCGAUAUCGGUUUCGGAUCAAUGUUAGGUCCUCUCAAAGUUCUAGAGAAAUUUACCGGGUUCAAGUUCAUACAUCCAAAGAACACACCAGGUCUUUUCCACUGGGCAGACAGAUUCUACGCCCAUGAAGCAGUCAAGCCUGUCAUGCCCGAUAUUGAAAAGCUGGUCGAGUUUGCUAGGCUUAAGUUCAAUACUUCAAUCUUUAAAUGAGGACCAAAAGAAGAAGACCAAAGGUUAUAAUUUAUUUUUUAAAUAAAUAGACGACUUAAAAAUUACCAUAUGUAUCCGAAUAAUCGAGAUCGAGGAAUAAGAUGUUAGACUCGAUUCAUUGAAAGACACAGUCAAAAAGUUCUUUUGUUGAUUUUUUUGUUUUGGGUUGAACUUUUGUAUGAUUUAUUAUGUAUAAUAUGAG